AUGGAUGGACGUAGGUUAUACGAUUAUGCACGUAAAGGUCAAUCACUUCCACGAGAAAUAGAACCUCGGCCAAUAACAAUUCAUUCCAUAUCCCUAUUAGAGUUUACCACAGAUCAAAUCCCAACUCCAACUGCCUCUCUACUACAAUUAAAGUCAUCACCAUUACCAUCACCGUCAUCAAAACAUCCAAUCUUUAAGAUUCACAUAAGUUGCAGUGGUGGGACCUACAUUAGAUCGUUGGUUCAUGAUAUUGGAGAAGCACUUGGUAGCUGUGCGCAUGUAAUAGAAUUGAAAAGAAUUCAACAGGGUGAAUUUCUACUUGGUAGAGAUACCAUUGAAUGGGAUGAGUGUUCUGACAUUAAUAAUAUUAUUAAAAUAUUGAGAAAUUGA